AUGCUAGCUGUUCUUGGUCCCGUUAUGCGGUUUCGUCUGCCUAGUGCCUCAGAACCCGUGCAUAUAUUAAUAACAGCCGAGAAUUUUUUUCGUGCUGCGAGCGAAAUUCGUCACCUCCCACCGUUUUCCUCCGCAAUCGAUAUCAGAUAUGAUUAUCUUGGAAAUUACUUUGAGCAGACAUAUCACUGCUAUCCUACAUCCUUUAUUGAUAAGCCACAGCUGGAAGGUGGUGACAAAAUUAUAAUGCCUCCUUCGGCCCUAGACCGUCUCGCAUCUUUGCAUAUUGAAUAUCCAAUGUUAUUUGAAUUGUGCAAUGCAUCAACUCAACGGACUUCUCAUUGUGGUGUCCUGGAGUUUAUUGCUGAGGAAGGGGUGGUUUACAUGCCAUAUUGGAUGAUGCAAAAUUUACUUUUACAAGAUGGGGACAUUGUGCAAAUCAAGAAUGCUACCCUACCGAAGGGAACAUAUGUCAAGUUGCAGCCACACACAAAAGACUUCUUAGACAUUUCAAAUCCCAAGGCCAUCUUGGAAAAGACAUUGAGGAACUGCUCCUGCCUCACUACGGGUGAUAGUAUCAUGGUUCCAUAUAAUAAUAAGAAGUAUUACAUAGAUAUUGUGGAAACAAGGCCUAGUUCUGCAAUUAGCAUUAUUGAGACAGAUUGUGAGGUCAAUUUUGUACCCCCGUUAGACUAUAAAGAACCUGAAGUAUCCCAGCCAUCUGUUAUAUCUCAAAAAUCACAACAUCAAGUUCAUACCCCUACAGCUGAACCUGUGGCUGAACAGAAGCACAAUCCUUUCGUGGGUUCAACGAGGCGCUUGGACGGAAAGCAUUCUAGUCUCACUGCUGAUAUUCCCAAUAUUGAGAAUUAUGGUCUGUCGGAAGCAGCAAAUGGCUCAAAUAGCUCGACGACGAGGAUGUCACAGAGCUCCACUUCACUCAAAACCUCUGGGAAACUCGUCUUUGGUUCAAAUGCCGUCCAUGCUCACAAAGAGUCUCCAAAGGUGCUCAAGGAUGAACUUCCAAAGAGAGGAGAGCCCUCGUUCCAGGCAUUAACGGGGAAGAAGUACUCGUUGAAGGGCUGAUAUCCGCUUGUAACUUGUAUUAUCAAUUUCAUUAAUAACUAAAAGGGUCGAUAUUUGGUAAAUAAUUUAGCUUCUUGUACAGCCAUUCUGUAUUAUUACUUUCCGUCAUUCAAACCAUCAUUGCAGCUGAGAUUUCCUUCACAAACUGAUUCAAAUAAGAAACAUUUGUUGGGUUCCUUGGGCUUACCACGGGGUGAAAGUUUAAAAUGGAUCAGAGUUCGUCACAUUUCAAUUGUCACUUCCUUUAGGCUCGACUGAGGUGCAACAGAGGCAAACAAUUUAAUCAAAUUAAUUUCUCACAAGCACUCAUUCUAACUUGUAGAAUCAGGACUCAGUGAGUGAUGAAUUUGUCUAACUAAAUUAUCUCAGACAUACCUAAUACAGUUCAUUUCAUCAAUUUUCACAUAUACUCGGAAGUGUGGAAAAUCGUAUUAUUAAAACAUAAAUUAAAUAGAGUUGUUACAUCCAACAAAAAUAUAAUAAGUACACAAAAGACUGCAAUCUCCUAAAAUUAUAAAUGUAAAAGUUGUAUAAGUCAUGCUUAACUACUCGCCUUGAGGCUCCUUAUCAUUUCUUAAAAGUGAAUAACAUAGCAUGAGCAACAACGAGCUCAACAAAACAAUCAAAGCUGAAAUAAAUUUUCUUACACUAAAAAGAAAUAAUGAGCAUACUCAUAGAUAACCGUACAUGUUUAUGCACAAGUCAUAAUAAGUUAGAAUUGUAUAACACAACAACAACAACAACAAAACCUUAAUCCCAC